UUUGGAUCCGCCAUAAUCCUCUACCUUCCAAACCCACCGCUUUACAAAUUUCUACUGACCAACCGAUUAAAGCAAUGGAGGUGACGAUGGACCCUCUGUUCCUGGCGUGGAGUUACUUCAGGAGGCGAAAGCUGCAGCAGUGUUCUGAAAUUUGUUCCAAACUAUUGCAAGACAGCCCAUAUGACCAGGACUCUGUUUCUGUUUCUGAGGCUGCAUGGAGCCUAAAAACACGAGCUCUUACAGAGAUGGUAUACAUUGAUGAAAUUGAUGUCGAUCAAGAAGGGAUCGCUGAGAUGAUGCUGGAUGAAAAUGCCAUUGCUCAGGUUGCACGUCCUGGAACUUCUCUGAGACUACCUGGAACAAGUCACGGGGGUGGUCCAACACCUGCUGUCAGACCUAUGACUCAGUCAGGACGUCCAGUUACAGGAUUUGUGAGGCCCAACACGCAGUCUGGACGUCCUGGCACGAUGGAGCAGGCCAUUAAGAUGCCACGCACCGCAAGUACGGCUCGGCCCGUCACCAGCGCCUCGGGUCGAUUCAUUCGUCUGGGAACGGCUUCAAUGUUAACCAAUCCAGAGGGACCGUUUAUAAACCUGUCAAGGCUAAAUCUGGCAAAGUAUUCCCAAAAGCCCAAUCUGUCCAGGACACUCUUUGAGUACAUCUUCCAUCAUGAAAAUGAUGUAAAAAACGCACUAGAUUUGGCCGCCCAAGCAACUGAGCAGGCUCAGUUCAAAGACUGGUGGUGGAAAGUCCAGCUAGGAAAAUGUUACUACAGGCUUGGUUUGUACCGAGAGGCGGAAAAACAGUUCCGAUCAGCUCUCACCCAAAAAGAGAUGGUGGAUACAUACCUCUAUCUCGCCAAGCUCUAUCAGCGCCUGGAUCAACCAAUAACAGCCCUCAACCUCUUCAAACAUGGCUUGGACCACUUUCCCGGCGAGGUCACCCUCCUGACGGGAAUCGCUCGCAUACACGAGGAGAUGAACAACAUGGCGUCAGCCACGGAGUACUACAAGGAGGUCCUGAAGCAAGACAACACGCACGUGGAGGCCAUCGCUUGUAUAGGCAGCAAUCACUUCUACUCAGAUCAACCGGAGAUCGCGCUGCGCUUCUACAGGCGGCUUCUCCAGAUGGGGGUGUAUAAUUGUCAACUCUAUAACAACCUGGGCCUGUGCUGCUUCUACGCGCAGCAGUACGACAUGACGCUGUCGUCUUUCGAGCGAGCUCUGGCCCUGGCGGCCAACGACGAAGAGCUGGCCGACGUGUGGUACAACGUCGGACAAGUCGCCGUGGGUAUAGGAGACCUGACUUUGGCCUACCAAUGUUUUAAACUAACGUUGACUUUUAGUAAUGACCAUGCUGAAGCCUACAACAACCUUGCAGUGCUGGAGCUCCGCAAAGGUCGUGUUGAACAGUCGAAAGCCUUCCUGCAGACGGCCGCCACAUUGUCACCUCACAUGUAUGAGCCGCACUACAAUCUGUCCAUCCUCUCCGAAAAGAUCGGAGACCUUCAGACCAGCUACAUGGCGGCUCAAAAAUCGGAAGAAGCCUUCCCCGAGCACGUCGACACUCAGCAGCUCUUGGUGCAACUUCGCCAGCAUUUUGCGGCUCUGUGAUCUGUCGGAUUGAUUUGAAUACUGCAUAGAAAGGGUCUUCAAAACUUCUCUUCCUAAAAUAUUUGAGUUUUGAAAGAUAUUUUUUUCAUGUGUGUUAUAAACAGAAGAUUCAUUAACCGGCUGUUGCUCAAAACUGUAAAUUUAAAUUUACAGACAUUUGUAACUGUUUAACGUUGCUGCCCUGUGUAUAACUUGGAUAACUAAUUUAAAUAAGUAUUUUAAAGCAACUGGCAACAUAAUGUACAAACAUGUAAUGUGUAUGUAGUAGAGACAAAUAUUUUAUUGAUUGAUCUCCUUUUGUAGUUUAUUAAUACAUCAGAUAAAUUGUAAAAAUGUU